UAGGGGUCACCUGCUCGAGGUUUCCUCACUCCUGUGCUGGGGGAUGCGCAGGUGUGUGUCCUGGUCCCCUGACCUGGGAGGUGUGGGUGGCCGUGGAGCAUAUUUCCCAGCACCUGCGAGUGGGAAGACCACAGGAGGCCCAUCUUUUCUGACUUGGCGUAAAAGCUUCUUCUUGGCACUGCCCAGCAUGUCUGAAAAGACCUACUGGUAUUUGUUUUUUCAGACUUCAGAUAGGACACGUUUUGAUGGUCAGCCUGGGUGGGCUGCAGUGACUGGUGGGUGCCCAGCUCUCUCUCGGUGACCAGCCCUCUUGGACCCACCCCCAUGAGGUCCCACGUUAGCUUCUCCCUGGUGUCGGCCGGCUGGUGUCCAGACCCUGUCCUUUCCCUGCUCAGCACAGUUACAGAGAGGCAGCCCCGCCACCCACACUGACCAGGUUUGACUCAGAGGUCACUGUUUACUUGCUGUGUGAUGUUGCGCAAGUCGCUUAACUGCUCUCAGUUUCCCCAAACCUGCAAGUGAGGAUAAUACUGACCUCGUUGGGUUGUGAUGGGAUUUAAUUAGUUUUAAUUUAACAGAGCUUAGAACAGUGCCUGCCACAGAAUGAGCGCUAUAAAGCAUUUGUCACAUAAAACACUGUUGAUAGAGAUAUGACAUGUCCACAGGCAUCUGUAUAAAUAGAGGGAAGGAAUAAAUCACCUGCCAUUUCAAAGUCACCUUUGCUAAUAUUUUCUACCAAAGGGUCAACGGACUAUGGCCCUCGGGCCAGCUCCAGCCUGCUGCCCAUGUCUGGAAAUAAAGGUUCAUGGGGACACGGCCACGUGCAUUCGCACUGUCUGUGAAAACUUCCACAUCACAACCACGGACGUCCCGCAAAGCAUAACUAUUGACAGUCUGGCCCUUCACAGAGCAAGCCUGCCGACCCCUGGGUAGACACCUGUACUGUUCUAAAUUCUGAAACAUCCCGUCUGUUGGAACUUCCCUAGCGCCAUGAUCACCCGCAAGGUGGGGGCCGCUCUGGCGGCCGGCUGCACCGUCGUGGUCAAGCCUGCUGAAGACACGCCCUUCUCAGCCCUGGCACUGGCCGAGCUUGCAAACCAAGCGGGAAUCCCUCCCGGGGUCUACAACGUGGUCCCCUGCUCCCGGGAGAAGGCCAAGGAUGUGGGGAAGGCGCUUUGCACCGACCCGCUUGUGUCCAAAAUUUCCUUCACUGGCUCGACCGCCACCGGGAAGGUGCUGCUGCGCCACGCGGCUGACUCCGUGAAGAGGGUGUCCAUGGAGCUGGGUGGCCUUGCCCCGUUCAUCGUAUUCGACAGUGCCAACGUGGACCAGGCUGUGGCGGGGGCCAUGGCGUCGAAAUUCAGGAACUCGGGACAGACCUGUGUUUGCUCAAACCGGUUCCUGGUGCAAAGGGGAAUCCAUGACUCCUUCGUGAAGAAGUUUGCUGAGGCGAUUAAAACCAGCCUGCAUGUGGGAAACGGAUUUGAGGAGCAAACCACUCAAGGCCCAUUGAUCAACGAAAAAGCAGUAGAAAAGGUGGAGAAGCAUGUGAGUGACGCGCUUUCCAAAGGGGCCACCCUGGUGACGGGCGGGAAGCGGCACCCACUUGGAAACAACUUCUUUGAGCCCACCCUGCUCAGCAACGUCACCCGGGACAUGCUCUGCUCUCGCGAGGAGACGUUCGGGCCUCUGGCGCCAGUUAUCAAGUUCGACACGGAGGAGGAGGCUGUGGCCAUCGCUAAUGCGACCGAUGUUGGGUUAGCAGGUUAUUUUUACUCUCAAGACCUGGCCCAGAUCUGGCGGGUGGCGGAGCAGCUGGAGGUGGGCAUGGUGGGCGUCAACGAGGGGCUGCUCUCCUCUGUGGAGUGCCCGUUUGGUGGGGUGAAGCAGUCUGGCCUCGGGCGUGAGGGUUCCAAGUAUGGCAUUGACGAGUACCUGGAGGUCAAGUACGUGUGCAUCGGAGGCUUGUAGGAUCCUUCCAGAAAAUAAGAAGGAAGCUGCCUACAUACAUGGCACCCAUUAUUUUAAAUAAACCGAUAGGGCAUCUGAAUUACGAAUUUUUUAAAGCUCAUCCAGUCCUCAUCUUAAACAGGUGGGACUCCUGCCCCGCCCCUUACCCGACUAGGGACCAAUAGGUGCCACGUGCCUGUGGCUGCAGACUCCCCGAGAACCAGCAAAGUCCCUGAGAACCCACCACAGCGCUGUCAGCCUCUAGCAAAGUGCAGAGGGCGGAAGGCUGGCCCAGUGGCCCUCACAAGGCUGGUGAGGACUGCCAGGGCGCUGAUUCAGCACUCCUCGCCUGGCUCCGAAACUUAGACCCAGAGGAGAGGAGACUCCUGAGUGCCAACUGACCUGCCAUGUGUGUUUAUACAACUCAGAGCUAAGAAUGAUUUUCACAUUGUUGGGGGGAAAACAAUACUGUUUCAUGACACAUGAAAACUGUAUGAAAUUCAGACUUAAGUGUCCGUAAAUACAAUGUUAUUUUCAGUGUCCGUAAAUAAAUACAGCAGUGUCCUUAAAUACAA